AAAGUUCAGCGUUGAAAGCCGCCCUCUUCAGUUCAGUCAGCGUGUGAUACCAGACGCGCACACACAUGCACAAUCUUCUUUGAGGUUUCCUCCGCUCCUCAUUUAUACCACACAGGAAUUAAGCUGCAUUAUGUCUGGAAUAACCACUGGAGAUUUCCAUGUUUAUAAGGAGCCAGUCACCCCUCUCACAAUGUCUGAAAAUUCCACAACAUCAGUUAAGUCGUGUUUUGCCAUUGAAGGCUUUCGAUGGCUGUUCGAAUACCAACCAGUCUACAUGUGGCUCAUCUUCAUCUUGGGAUUCAUAGAAAAUGCAUUUGUCAUUUCAGUCUAUUUGUUUCAUAAAAGUCGCUGCACUGUAGCUGAGAUCUAUCUGGGGAAUAUGGCAGCUGCGGACUUGGUUUUCAUCAGUGGCCUACCCUUCUGGGCCAUUUCCAUAUCUAGAGGGUUCUCCUGGCCGUUUGGUGAUUUCUUAUGUGUUGCUGUGAACACCGUGAUCAUGUUAAACCUCUUUGCCAGCAUCUACUUCUUGUUGAUGGUCAGCAUUGAUCGAUACUUGGCUUUAGUGAAGACCAUGUCUGUCGGUCGGAUGAGAAGACCUUGGUGGGCCAAAGUGAUCUGCGCCAUGAUUUGGACCUUCGCGGUAGUUGUGAGCUUACCAAAAAUUAUUUUCCGAAAAGUUUACUUUGUCCAUGAGUUAAACAUCACUGCAUGCAUCAUAAAACAUCCAUCGAACGAGUGGAUUCUUGUAAACAAUAUCAUCUUAAACGUUAUUGGUUUCUUGAUACCUGUAAUAGUCAUUGGAUUUUGCUCCUUCCAGAUUAUAAAUGUCCUGAGAAAUAACACCAUGCAGAAAUUUAAGGAAAUUAACAAUGAAAAAAGAGCCACGUUGUUGGUUUUAUCCGUGUUGCUGGUCUUUAUAGCCUGUUGGCUUCCAUUCCAAAUAUCGACUUUUAUAGACACGUUGCUGCAGUUGAAGGUCUUCCAGGAUGAGUGUUCUGUAAAACAGCCCAAUGAAAUCUUUAACCAAAUAUCGACCUACAUUGGCUUCAGUAACAGCUGCAUCAAUCCACUCUUGUAUGUAAUUGUCGGAAACAAUUUUAGAAAGAAAGCAUUAGAGGUCUACCGGCCACUGGUGCCGGAAAGGCUCAGGACAAGGAGCCCUUCCGUUCAAACAAAUUAUUCCAUGGACACAAUGCAAUCUUCCUUUUAUCUGGAUUGUCAGAAAAAGAAGUCCAUCUCUUGAGUGCACAAAUCUGGAGUUUUGCUUUAAAGGGAUUUUCUCAGUGAUCCAGUAAGCUGUGUACGUUGGAAGGUCGAUCCCUUUGGACCUCUAACAUUAGAAAGGCUUAAUGCAAAAGAGUAAAAAUGCAUCAGUUAUCUACAUACUUGCAGUGAACAUUCGGUACUGCAACUUUUUUUCUGCUCUUUAAAGUAUAGUUCUAAAUUUAUUUUUUAGUUUACUUGUCAUCAUUCCUUACUGCAGACAGUUUUUUAAGCAAAUCAUUUUUUGAAUUUUUUUAUUUGUUUCAUUUCUCACUUGGAGAUCUUUGAGUUCUUCCUGUUGCAGAAAGACAACACAUAGCCACUGCCUUGCUUGGCUGCAGCAUUGUCAGCUUGCCAUGUUAUUCACUCCUAUAGUUGGCCGUCGGGUUACCUAUCAGGUCUACCAGAGAGGCAGCCCAUCAGCCAACUGAAGGAGCCUGCAUGGCAAUAUGAAUGCUACCUUUUAAGGCAGUGGGAACCUGUGUAAAGCUUUGGGUCUUCGCUCAGGCUUUUAUAGCCAUGUCCGAUGGGUGCAGGCUGAGUGAGGAGUCAGUUCUGACUCUAUGCACUUUGGAGGCUAAGGAAAUAUCCCAAACUCCAUAUACGGUGCAAGCCUGUCCAUCACACCAGUGAUAACAGCCUCAGCCCUGCUCCAUCUAAGCCCUUCCCUGACGUGUUUCGCCCAGCAGGGCACACUGCAUUGGGGAUAUGGCUUAGACACAGCUGGGCUGAGACUACUAUCACUUGUGUGAUGAACGGGUUUGCACAGUGUGCGGCACUAGGGAUAUUUUCUUUACCUACAGAUUUCAAGGCAGUGGCUUAGCGUUGUCUGCCUGCAACAGAAAGUGCUGUUACUGGCAGGAUCUCCAGGUAUAAAACGUUGUCAUAAAAAUGUAUAUACAGUGAGGUAUG